AUGGCAGAGUCAAGUUCAGCAGCUGGGCGGUUCUAUCAUACAAUCUCUGAAGCAGGCAGAGUUCUUCCAUCAGCGAGCCGCUGGAACUCCGUCGAGAUUGACUUUCGCCUUGUUCCGCAGUUAUCCAACGGCUAUGAUUCAAUCCCUUCUCCCUACUCUAAAUCCUACGACUAUGAACUCGUCAUUACAGACAAAAAAUACUUGAAACGCUUUCUUUAUAUAUCUCUCUCCACUGCCUUCCUCAUUCUUGCACUUAUCCUACUUCUCCACUUUGUCCCUCACAAAAACUCCCACCAUAACUCCUCCAACAAUCUCACUCUUGCAGUCAACCAUGCCUUGACAUUUUUCGAUGUUCAGAAGUCUGGGAAUUAUCCCAGUAACAGCCCGGUUAAAUUUCGUGGAAGCUCAGGAUUGCAGGAUGGGAAAUGGAAGAAUUUACAUGCUGAUCUUGUGGGUGGCUUUUAUGAUUCCGGCAACAAUAUAAAGUUUACUUUCCCCACGGCUUAUACCAUUACCCUCUUGAGUUGGUCUGUGAUAGAGUAUCAUAAAAAAUAUGAAGAGCUUGGCGAGGUGGAGCAUGUGAAGGACAUAAUCAGAUGGGGAAGUCAGUAUCUGCUUAAGGUCUUCGUUUAUCGAAACGCAACUGGAUCUUCCCCCAUUCUGUAUUCACAGGUUGGAUCAAGUAAUGAUACUAUGAAUGAGAACGAUAUAAGCUGCUGGCAGAGGCCAGAGGACAUGAAGUAUAAUCGGGGAGUUUCGGUUUGUGAUGUGACGGCUUCUGAUUUAGCAGGAGAAAUCAUUGCUUCACUUGCAGCAGCAUCAUUAGUAUUCAAACAAGAGAAUGAGUACUCAGCUUCAUUAGUUAAAGCAGCAGAGAAGUUAUAUGAGGUUGCUACUAAUGAAACCCAUAGUGACAAGCAAGUGGUUUACACCUCAGUUGAUAGAUGUGGGAUGGAGGCAAGACAGUUCUAUAACUCCACUGGUUUCAAAGAUGAAUUGGUUUGGGCAGGAAUUUGGUUAUUCCUCGCAACUGGAAACACUUCUUAUCUCGAAUAUGCCACCGGGAAUUUCAAUGCAGCUGCAGAUGAUCAAGCAAUUUCAGAUAAAGGGAUCUUCUAUUGGAACAACAAGUUUCCUGCCAUAGUGCUCCUGUUAACAAGAAUAAGAUUUUUCCACGACCCUGGAUUUCCCUAUGAACAUGCUUUGGGAUCUUCAUCCAAUGUGAUUGAGCAGCUCAUGUGUUUUUAUCUUUCUCAUGAAACUCUUAACAGAACACAAGGUGGGUUGAUUUUCUUAAAGCCGGAUGACUAUGGCGGGGCUCUGCAGUUUGCAGCAACGGCAUCGUUUCUAAGUAAAUUAUACAGUGACUACCUCAGUCUUUUGCAAAGAUCCGGGGGGAGUUGUGGUAAUGGUGGCUUUUCUCGUGCCAUGUUACGUAGAUUUGCCAUGUCUCAGAUAAAUUACAUACUGGGGGAGAACCCGAAGAAGAUGAGCUAUGUGGUUGGGUUUGGAGACAAGUAUCCGACACACGUUCAUCACAGGAGUGCAUCGAUCCCCUGGGAUGGUCGCCUGUACUCAUGUUCCGAGGGACACAAAUGGCUAUCCUCUAAGGAUCCAAAUCCAAAUACCCUUUUGGGAGCCAUGGUAACAGGACCAGACCAAUUUGAAAAUUUCAUUGAUGAGAGGGACAAACCAUGGUUCACUCAGCCAAGCAUAGCCAGCAAUGCAGGCUUAGUUGCAGCACUCAUUGCACUUCAUGAAUCGUCGUCUCACCAUUCUUCUGGUUUCAAUUUAGGGAUAGACCAAACGGGUAUCUUUGAAAAGGUUCAUGUACUUCCUUCAACUGUUCCCUGAAAUAACUGUAGUCUAUUGCUAAUUGUCAUGAAC